AUGAGCUCAGGCUGUGGUACACCCUCGGUCUGCCGUAAUCUCCGCGCUCCGGCUCGAACGUGCCGACCAAUCCCGUCGCUCCGUCUGCCCGCCUCGGUCUCGGCAGCUGCGAGCCUCAAUCCUGGACUUGUCUCACAGCGGGACACGCUGGAGAGGGGGAGGCAGAGGGGGAGACAGAGGGGGAGUCAGAGGGGGAGACAGAGGGGGAGACAGAGGGAGAGACAGAGGGGGAGUCAGAGGGGGAGACAGAGGGGGAGUCAGAGGGGGAGACAGAGGGAAAGACAGAGGGGGGAGUCAGAGGGGGGGGGCAGAGGGGGAGGCAGAGGGGGAGGCAGAGGGAGAGACAGAGGGGGAGACAGAGGGAGAGACAGAGGGGGAGUCAGAGGGGGGGGGGGGGAAGAGGGGGAGACAGAGGGGGAGAUAGAGGGGGGGCAGAGGGGGAGACAGAGGGGGAGUCAGAGGGGGAGACAGAGGGGGAGGCAGAGGGAGAGACAGAGGGGGAGGCAGAGGGAGAGACAGAGGGGGAGUCAGAGGGGGGGGCAGAGGGGGAGACAGAGGGGGAGACAGAGGGGGAGGCAGAGGGGGAGACAGAGGGGGGGCAGAGGGGGAGAGGAGGAGACAGAGGGGAAGACAGAGGGGGAGGCAGAGGGGGAGGCAGAGGAGGAGGAGUCAGUGCAGAGGGGGAAGAGUCAGUGCAGAGGGGGAGGCAGAGGGGGAAGAGUCAGUGCAGAGGGGGAGGCAGAGGGAGAGACCGAGGGGGAGGCAGAGGGAGAGACAGAGGGGGAGACAGAGGGAGAGACAGAGGGGGAGUCAGGGGGGGGGGGGGGGGGAAGAGGGGGAGACAGAGGGGGAGAUAGAGGGGGGGCAGAGGGGGAGACAGAGGGGGAGUCAGAGGGGGAGACAGAGGGGGAGGCAGAGGGAGAGACAGAGGGGAGGCAGAGGGAGAGACAGAGGGGGAGUCAGAGGGGGGGGCAGAGGGGGAGACAGAGGGGGAGACAGAGGGGGAGGCAGAGGGGGGAGACAGAGGGGGGGGCAGAGGGGGAGGUAGAGGAGGAGACAGAGGGGGAGAGAGAGGGGGAGGCAGAGGAGGAGGCAGAGGAGGAGGCAGAGGGGGAGACAGAGGGGGAGGCAGGGAAGAGAGGAGGAGACAGAGGGGAAGACAGAGGGGGAGGCAGAGGAGGAGGAGUCAGUGCAGAGGGGGAAGAGUCAGUGCAGAGGGGGAGGCAGAGGGGGAAGAGUCAGUGCAGAGGGGGAGGCAGAGGGGGAGGAGUCAGUGCAGAGGAGGAGGAGUCAGUGCAGAGGGGAGGCAGAGGGGGAGGAGUCAGUGCAGAGGGGAGGCAGAGGGGGAAGAGUCAGUGCAGAGGGGGAGGAGUCAGUGCAGAGGGGAGGCAGAGGGGGAGGAGUCAGUGCAGAGGGGGAAGAGUCAGUGCAGAGGGGGAGGCAGAGGGGGAAGAGUCAGUGCAGAGGGGGAAGAGUCAGUGCAGAGGGGGAGGCAGAGGGGGAAGAGUCAGUGCAGAGGGGGAGGCAGAGGGGGAAGAGUCAGUGCAGAGGGGGAGGCAGAGGGGGAAGAGUCAGUGCAGAGGGGGAAGAGUCAGUGCAGAGGGGGAGGCAGAGGGGGAAGAGGCAGUGCAGAGGGGGAAGAGUCAGUGCAGAGGGGGAGGCAGAGGGGGAAGAGUCAGUGCAGAGGGGGAGGCAGAGGGGGAAGAGUCAGUGCAGAGGGGGAGGCAGAGGGGGAGGAGUCAGUGCAGAGGGGGAGGCAGAGGGGGAAGAGUCAGUGCAGAGGGGGAGGCAGAGGGGGAAGAGUCAGUGCAGAGGGGGAGGCAGAGGGGGAAGAGUCAGUGCAGAGGGGGAGGCAGAGGGGGAAGAGUCAGUGCAGAGGGGGAGGCAGAGGGGGAGGAGUCAGUGCAGAGGAGGAGGAGUCAGUGCAGAGGGGAGGCAGAGGGGGAGGAGUCAUCGUACGGCAAACACCACACACUGAAGUGCUGCGGCGCUCGGCACAACGUCAGCGGCCAGAAGACGGAUGAACCAGGAACGAACCAGGACGGAGCCAUCACUGACAGGCUCCCCCCCCCCCCCCCCCCCUCAGCCCCCCCCCCCUCCACCAACGCCGAGCUGCAGAGGAGCUGUCCGUGCAAAGCCUGCAGGGCGCUAAAAGUGUCCGCCGCCCAGUGUAAGAGACCCCCCCUCACUGCUCACCUCCGUCACCAGACCCCCCUCACUGCUCACCUCCGUCACCAGACCCCCCCUCACUGCUCCCCUCCGUCACCAGACCCCCCCUCACUGCUCCCCUCCGUCACCAGACCCCCCCUCACUGCUCACCUCCGUCACCAGACCCCCCCUCACUGCUCCCCUCCGUCACCAGACCCCCCCUCACUGCUCACCUCCGUCAUCAGACCCCCCUCACUGCUCACCUCCGUCAUCAGACCCCCCUCACUGCUCACCUCCGUCACCAGACCCCCCUCACUGCUCACCUCCGUCAUCAGACCCCCCCUCACUGCUCACCUCCACCCCCCCUCACUGCUCACCUCCGUCACCAGACCCCCCCUCACUGCUCACCUCCGUCACCAGACCCCCCCUCACUGCUCACCUCCGUCAUCAGACCCCCCCUCACUGCUCACCUCCGUCACCAGACCCCCCUCACUGCUCACCUCCGUCAUCAGACCCCCCUCACUGCUCACCUCCGUCACCAGACCCCCCCUCACUGCUCACCUCCGUCACCAGACCCCCCCUCACUGCUCACCUCCGUCAUCAGACCCCCCUCACUGCUCACCUCCGUCACCAGACCCCCCCUCACUGCUGACCUCCGUCACCAGACCCCCCCUCACUGCUCACCUCCGUCACCAGACCCCCCCUCACUGCUCACCUCCGUCACCAGACCCCCCCCUCACUGCUCACCUCCGUCAUCAGACCCCCCCCUCACUGCUCACCUCCGUCACCAGACCCCCCUCACUGCUCACCUCCGUCACCAGACCCCCCUCACUGCUCACCUCCGUCACCAGACCCCCCCUCACUGCUCACCUCCGUCACCAACCCCCCCUCACUGCUCACCUCCGUCACCAGACCCCCCCUCACUGCUCACCUCCGUCACCAGACCCCCCUCACUGCUCACCUCCGUCACCAGACCCCCCUCACUGCUCACCUCCGUCAUCAGACCCCCCCUCACUGCUCACCUCCGUCACCAGACCCCCCCCUCACUGCUCCCCUCCGUCACCAGACCCCCCCUCACUGCUCACCUCCGUCAUCAGACCCCCCUCACUGCUCACCUCCGUCACCAGACCCCCCUCACUGCUCACCUCCGUCACCAGACCCCCCCUCACUGCUCACCUCCGUCACCAGACCCCCCCUCACUGCUCACCUCCGUCAUCAGACCCCCCCUCACUGCUCACCUCCGUCACCAGACCCCCCUCACUGCUCACCUCCGUCACCAGACCCCCCCUCACUGCUCACCUCCGUCACCAGACCCCCCCUCACUGCUCACCUCCGUCACCAGACCCCCCCUCACUGCUCACCUCCGUCACCAGACCCCCCCUCACUGCUCACCUCCGUCACCAGACCCCCCCUCACUGCUCACCUCCGUCACCAGACCCCCCUCACUGCUCACCUCCGUCACCAGACCCCCCCUCACUGCUCACCUCCGUCACCAGACCCCCCUCACUGCUCACCUCCGUCACCAGACCCCCCCUCACUGCUCACCUCCGUCACCAGACCCCCCCUCACUGCUCACCUCCGUCACCAGACCCCCCCUCACUGCUCACCUCCGUCACCAGACCCCCCCUCACUGCUCACCUCCGUCACCAGACCCCCCUCACUGCUCCCCUCCGUCACCAGACCCCCCCUCACUGCUCACCUCCGUCACCAGACCCCCCCUCACUGCUCACCUCCGUCACCAGACCCCCCCUCACUGCUCACCUCCGUCACCAGACCCCCCUCACUGCUCACCUCCGUCACCAGACCCCCCCUCACUGCUCACCUCCGUCACCAGACCCCCCCUCACUGCUCCCCUCCGUCACCAGACCCCCCCUCACUGCUCACCUCCGUCACCAGACCCCCCCUCACUGCUCCCCUCCGUCACCGCUGCAUAUAGAGCUGUCACCGACCCCCGGGACCACCUGCUGUUGUUCCGCCCCCGCCCACCGUGAUGGACUCCCCCAUCACCUCUGUCCCCCGCCCUCCGUGAUGGACUCCCCCAUCACCUCUGUGGAGUCCUUCCGUUUCCUGGGCACCACCAUCACCCAGGACCUCAAGUGGGAGCCGACCAUCAGCUCCCUCAUCAAGAAGGCCCAGCAGAGGAUGUACUUCCUGCGGCAGCUCAGGAAAGCCAAGCUGCAGUUCUACACGGCCAUCAUCGAGUCCAUCCUCACCUCCUCCAUCACCUCCUCUAUCACCUCCUCAUCACCUCCUCCAUCACCUCCUCCAUCACCUCCUCCAUCACCUCCUCCAUCACCUUCUCCAUCACCUCCUCCAUCACCUUCUCCAUCACCUUCUCCAUCACCUCCUUCAUCACCUCCUUCAUCACCUCCUCCAUCACCUCCUCCAUCACCUCCUCCAUCACCUCCUUCAUCACCUCCUCAUCACCUCCUCCAGCACCUCCUCCAUCACCUCCUCCAUCACCUCCUCAUCACCUCCUCCAUCACCUUCUCCAUCACCUCCUCCAUCACCUCCUCAUCACCUCCUCCAGCACCUCCUUCAUCACCUCCUCCAUCACCUUCUCCAUCACCUCCUCCAUCACCUCCUCAUCACCUCCUCCAGCACCUCCUUCAUCACCUCCUUCAUCACCUCCUUCAUCACCUCCUCCAGCACCUCCUUCAUCACCUCCUUCAUCACCUCCUCCAUCACCUCCUCCAGCACCUCCUCCAUCACCUCCUCCAUCACCUCCUCAUCACCUCCUCCAUCACCUCCUCCAUCACCUCCUCCAUCACCUCCUCAUUACCUCCUCCAUCACCUCCUCCAUCACCUCCUCCAUCACCUCCUCCAUCACCUCCUCAUCACCUCCUCAUCACCUCCUCAUGA